AGGAAUCCGGCCGCGCAAAGUGCCGGGGCACCGCUCGCGUGCGUGACCGCGCGUGAUCCCUUUUGACCACAGCAGUGCUGCCUCACCGCCCCGCACGGCACAGAGGAGAAAUGGCCGACGCAGAGGCAGAGGUGGCCCUGGCCGCCAUCGAGGACGGCGACGGCGUCGAGGGCGUGCAGCUGUACGUCUGCGGUUCUGGUGGAGAGCUCGAGUUAUUAGCAUUGGAAGGCACGGCGGGCGGCCGGCGCUGGCACCUGCAAGCACGGGCGGCGGAUUUGGUGACGGCGCCGAACGACGCCCGCUACCCGGACCAAGCGUGCCGCAUCGCGCGCGAGGCCGCCGACGGCUGUUCAAGGGGCGACCGCCUCACGGCAUCUAUUGAACACGGCGCCCUCAAGGUAUCCAUCAAACGCAAAAUCGGCGGCACCGGCGUCACGGCUUCUCGAUUGGCGCGCGUCCUCGCCGCGACUUUAGUUCCAGUCCGCGGCGACGCCGCGGCGGCGGCCGAGCAAAGGUGCCGCACGGCAAGCGGCAAAGCGCUGCGAGCCGCGGACGCCCGCAUCAAGGCGCUCGAGCAGCGCACUGCUGAAUUGGAAGCCGCGCAAAAAACGAUGGAGGAGACUCUCGAGAAACACGUGGAAGCGGUCAAAGCCGCGGACCUGGCGCCGGACUUCGCGCGCAUUUUGGCGACGCGCGCGCCGGCUUCUGCUCCGGCCCCGCCUCCGCCGCCGCACGACGGCGAGAGUUCGUCGGACGAGGACGACGACUCCGACGCCGAGUGCCCGGACACGCCCGAACGAGCGCCCUUGCCGCCCCCCUCAAAGCCGGGCUUCGUGCCGGGGACGAAGACGCAGGUCGUGGCCUUCGACCUCGAUCAAUUGGACGACAUCUGCGGCCCCGUCAAAAGUGAGCCGCGUAUUAAAAGGGAGGUCAAGAAGGAAGUCAAAAAGGAGGUGAAGCGGGAGAAGAAGCGCAAGUCCGACAUCCUCUCGGACAGCGACUCGCAGCGCGACGCGCCGCCGCCGCCCGCUCGCCGCAAGGUCAAGCCCGAGCCUCCGCAAAAGAAGAAGAAGCGGGACAUCCUCUCGGACUCUGAUUCUGAUGAGUUCGACUAGAGAUCUAAGUUG